UUGUGAAGUCUUCUGAUAACAACGAUUUUUGAUAGCUGCGGAAUGACGGAACGAGGCUUCAUCAUCACUUUAGCUUGAUUAUCUAAAAAAGUGAGUUACUUGGUAAUUAUUUUGUUAAUUUUUGCGUUUUGAGUACAAAAAAUCAACCACUUACAUUGUGUGAAAUGUUUGGAAGUAUCUGAAAAUAUUAAACGCCCAUCGCCCAAGGAUUUGAGUAGGGAAGAUCUAAUUUGUGCGCUCUCAAAGAUGGAUAUUUUAUACUCAAAAACGGAGCAAUUGAUUGCCGAGUUCAAGCGUAAUCCUCACACUGAUGAAGUAAUUAUCAGUACGACCGAGCUGUUUCGUGAAAUGCGAAAUGUGUGUUCUGUUAUGUAUGCUAACAUGGAUUAUCAAUGUGGGAUCGUUUACUACGCUGACGGAGCCAUUCUUCAGAAUGUAAUCGACAUCAUUAGUAAUAUUCCAAUUCUAAACCCACAAACCGAACAUCUGGAGAAAUGUUUCGCAGUUGGUAUGCAACUAAUCGGAAAUCUAGUCGUUGGUAACAUUAAGAAUCAAGAAAUCAUUCUAAUGAAGUACUCCUUUUUCUUGAGGAAUAUGUUCGCUUAUGAAGGAGCUAAAAAUUAUAUUUAUAUGAUCUACUACAACUGCUACUUCGGUUCUCCUCAUCUCGAACAAUUGAUAAUUUCUCAUACCGAAGCAAUGACCGAAUUAACAAACAGCAACUUGAAUUCUGAGUUUGCGGAAUUCUUCAUUGAACUUUUUCUUGAUCGAUGCCAGUAUUUUGACCAUUUCUACGAAAGUGUCGAUAUUCCGAAAAGACCAUGUUUAUUGAACAUAAUCAGACAGAGAUACUUGGCCGAUAGAGAGAAAAAAUUUUCAUCCAGUUUUGUUACCUUCCUUCAAAGUAAAUUCAAAAGUUAUAAUCAAGAUUCAUUGCUGAAAUCAUUCAAAUCGAGAACUCAAACUACAGCAAAAGAAGCAGCUGCUGUUUUAGAUUUAUUAAGUAAUUUUUCCUCCGAUGAAAAUUAUUUAAAGGCUUAUCAACAAGAUUUCGCUUUGUUUCAACACACAGUUGAUUUAUUCUUGACCAUCCACUUCGUGGAUAUAAAACCCAAUAGUGGAUUUCAUGAAGUCUUCAGUAAAUGCGGUACUGAUGGAUUUAAAUUGGGAUUAAACAGUUUCUUUGGGAAUGUUCAAAAGAAUCCGGCUUAUUUAUUCAAAGUAAAUUUAGUUCGAUUAAUAUCAAAUUUAGCAUGGCAUAAUCCAAAUCUGGAUAAUAAACAAGUUGAAACGAAAAGUCUAAUACCGGCGUUAAUCGAUUGUUGUCGAAUCGAUGCAUGUAAUCCUUUCAUUUCAGAAUGGGCUGUGUUCGCUAUUCGUAAUUUACGUGAAAACCACAUCAACAAUCAACGAAUCAUCGAAGUUUUGCGUCGCCAAGGAACCAUCAGCAAACAAAUGAUGAAGCAGAUGAAUAAAAAUAUCGCCACCAGCAAUUACAGAUUCUGCGUUCCUGGUUAUAAAGAAGUCGCCGAUAAUGGUCUUCCAAUCGAAUUACUAGACAUGUCUCAAAGCGAGAGAAAACGGUACCUGAGAGCCUAUUUUUCGAGUGGUGAGCCGGAUUUAUCACCAAACAAUUCGUACAGCAGCGAUAGCAGCAGUGGUACCGAGAGUAAAAAAAAAAGCAAAAGUCGCAGAAAGAGACGUAAACCGAAGAGAGAAUACCAUAAAUAUUCUUCUUCGUCGUCAUCGCCGACUAUGUUUGUCAGUGAUGUCGAGUACGAUGAUGAUGACGACGAAGAUCGAGGAAAUGGCAACAAUAGUAAAAAUUCCGAUCAAAGCGCUAGUUCGAAUCCGGAUGGGAAAUGGAGUAAUUCUAAUGAAGAUCCCGCCGCUCAUCACAGUUGCGGAUAUGAAAGUGAAGAAGAGUGCUCUAGCAUGUUAUCUUCGUUGAAUUUGAAUACCUCCAAUCGUAACAGUAAAAAUUCUCGAAACGAGAAUGCUUUUUUAUAUGAAAAUUUCGAAAAAGAUAAACAACAGCGUCGCUUUACAGACCGUUUCUGACCUUAGUGAUACUUUGUCGUGUAUCAGCGACAGCUAAAAGCUAAAGCUCAAUGGAAGAUGACGAUGUGGUAUCAAAACAAUUGUUUUUGAUGACCAAUCUCCUGUGUUUGAAAAUUCCAACAGCAUGUUAGUGUCAGUGUGCUCGAAGUGUCGAGAUAACAAAUUUUCGAUUAGUUUCUUGUCUUCAAGGUUGCAGAUUUUAGCAUCUCGAAAAUUUCCUGUUUCCUAAAAUAUUUAUUUUGCUGUGUAUAAAUUUCGAAAAAUUAAUUUGUAAACAUUUUGUAUGUAAUUUUGAAUAUUAAGUAUUUAUUUUGUUAAAUUCUGUAAAAAAUAAUUUCUGUGAAUUUUCGUUUGUAACGAUCUUUGCUUUUUUUCUAAGCACAAUUUUGGUUCAUUUAUGAUAUUCACGAAACAUUAAUAAUAAUGUAUUAUAUUGUAAAAUAAUUUAAUUUUACAGCUGUUACACUUCAAAUCCUCAAAAAUUUUAUAUUAUUUUUCCUGGAGCGAUUUGUAAUUUCUCCAAUACCUAAAUGUAUAUAAAUUAAAUAUGGUAAUUAUCAUAAAGUUUUAAAAUGCUUGAAAAUUAUCUUUUAAAUCAUUUCUUAGAUAAUGUCAGUUCUUGUAAUUCUAAAUUAGAAUGUUCCGUCGAGGAUUGAAAUUUUUCAAAGAAACUUAAUAUCUUUUUUUAUUUUGAAAAAAAAAAUGCAUUUUGUGUAUCGCUAUCAUGUUCUUGGCAAGGUUCAAAUUUUUAUAGUAGUCUGCGAUGAUCUAAUCAACUCCUAGUGAUUUCAUUUGAAAAGAUUAUUCGAGUAUAUUCAGAAUUAAUAAAUGAAACUCGAUUCCGACACAUGAUUCAUUAAUAAAUGUACCAGUCUUGGCAUCCUGCCUUCUUGACUAAAAUAUUGUAAAGAAACAAUCGCAAUUUAGCGAAUAAACGAAGUAUGUAUCUGGUGUUACGAAAAUGUAUUAUUAAACAUUUUUUGAUCCUGGUA